ACAAUAUCCAACGUCCUAGUCAACGAAGAGUGUUAAUUGGUGAUUUUGUUUUCUGACUGCUCAACCAGUCAGCAGGCGGAACUCCACAGGCGGAGUUGCACCAACGCCGAUCGUCCGUGACAUCCAUAUAUAAUGCAACGUACGAAAGCGUUGAGCAAUCCACACUUUCAAGCUUUGAUCUGACUCCUAUAGUAGUCUCUUUAACGAAGACUCGUACCGUAGACGCAACCCAGCGAACAUAAUGCCCAUCUCCGAACUCGUCCUCGGCACACUCCGCCCCGAGGUCGCCCAAGAAGGCCUCUCCCACAUCCGCAAGAAUCAACCAGGCAUCUUCAGCACCGUCGAAGGAAGCCUGUCAAACAGUGUCGGUCACGUAAUCAAGCACAACGGGAAAGACACCUUUUCAGAGUACACGCCUAUCCUAGCGCUCGAAUGGAAUCGCGUAGAGUCGUUCCAUAACUUCUACCCUGCUUCGGCAGCGUUCCAGUCAUUUAUCGGCGUCUUCGGGCCUUACGCGGGAGGGAAAGCCCAGCCGCAGCUUUUUCAACCCUCGUCUGGUUCAUCAUUUUUCUCUGACCUCGUCGCUCAAGGUGCGGCGCUGAUCUUCAUCGCGUCUGCUGCUGCGGGAAAGAAGGAAGAUAUUUCAGCGACGUGGAAUACGCUUCUACAAGCUGCGAAGAAGGACGACGCACUCGUGGGACAGUGGCAAGGGUGGGGUAUUGAAGGAGAUGAGGGGACGUGGGCAGGUAUCCUGAGUUGGAGGAAUGUGGAUACUCUUGAGCGGUCCUCGACGGACAAAAGUGUAGCCGAAGCGGUACAAAAGCUGAAGGCGCUUGUUGAGCUUGAUGAGUAUCUGGUAUCAUUUACGUCGACCACAGGUACCGCCGCGUAGCUGGUCUACACUUAGGAUAUAGUUGUGAUAGAUUCAUUGAUAAACACUGUGGAGAUGAUGAACGACAUUCGAGGAAUUUAUACUGCUCGGCGAGUGAAGGAGAGAACGUGGAGGGAAAUGUGUGGUUUCUGUGUACGAGAUAAAUGCU